AUGCAGCGUCUCAGCAGUAAAUCCACAGCCACACUACCCAGGGUCGUGUUCUCAGGAAUACAGCCCACUGGCAUACCACACCUGGGUAACUAUGUUGGUGCUUUACGGCAAUGGGUGCAGCUGCAACACUAUGAACCCAAGGACACAAAACUGAUAUAUUCUAUUGUCGACCUCCAUGCCAUCACUACGCCCCAACCACCGGAAAAGCUGAAGCGGUGGAAGAGAGAAAGCCUUGCCGCGCUUCUAGCCGUAGGAAUUGACCCAGAACGCUCCAUCGUCUUCCAUCAGUCGUCAGUGAGUUCCCAAACAACGCCCAUCCCAAGACGUGCCUGCUCACUCAGAGCUCAUGUGGAUCCUAGCCUGUACGGCGUCUGUUGGAUAUCUCUCUCGGAUGACUCAAUGGAAGGUGCGAAUGCUGCCCCUAUUGAUCGACGAAAAGGUCGUUUCUUUAGUGCAUUGGCUGAACCAGGCCAGCAAAAACUCAACCUCGCACCAACUUCACACGUGGCGGAACGGCCGGCGGAGAGCCGAUUAAAGCUCGGACUUUUCUCCUAUCCAGUCCUCCAGGCUGCCGAUAUUCUCGUGCACAGAGCCACGCACGUUCCCGUUGGACAUGAUCAGCAACAACACCUCGAAUUCGCCCUUUACCCGAAAACUAUUACUUUCUAUCCAGCCCCGGUACAUCGAGUUAUGUCCCUCUCAGACCCAACAUCGAAGAUGUCCAAGUCACAUGAAAUGGCUCGAUCUCGAAUUCUGAUCACAGACACCCCUGACGAGAUUCGGCUGAAGAUUUCCUCGGCCUUGACUGACUCGGUCCAAGGAAUAUCUUAUGAUUAUGCUCUGAGGCCGGGCAUAUCAAAUCUCUUGACCAUAUUCUCCAUGUUCGACGCCGAGAAACGAAGCCCCGAGCAGCUUGCACAAGCAUAUCGUGACAUUCACCCCCGCGUGUUCAAGGAUAUGGUAUCAGAUGCGAUUAUUCUCGGGCUACAGUCAAUUAGAACUCGGUAUACGGAACUUAUUGACGGCGAUACCCGCUACUUGGAUUACGUGGCUGCUGAAGGUGCGCGAAAAGCAUUGCAUAGCGCGGAAGAAACAAUGAGCAUGGUCCGAACAGCUAUAGGACUGUAA